AUUACUCGUUUCAUUUGCGUCAUUCAAUCCACAUCUCGUCCUUCGGCCCACGCCAGAAGAAGACGAAGAGAGAACAGAGCAGUUUCUCAAUUCCUAGUUCCGUAGGAUGCGACCCUCGCUUCUGGCCGACUCCUCCGCUAGUCCUUGCCACGGAGUCGCCUCCUCAUCUUCCGCCGCCGCAUCCUUUUCCCCGCUCCGUCUUCUCUCCUUCAAGGAGCCUGGCGUCAUAGGAAACGGGAUUCAGAUCGCCGCUUUUCAGCGGAGGAAGAGUUCCUCCAGUCGCUCGAUUUGCGGACCUAAGAGGCACAUCGUGGUUAAAUCAGUUGUUACUCCAAAUCCCUUAGUAGAGUUGCCUCUAACUGCUGAAAAUGUGGAGUCAGUAUUGGAUGAAGUACGUCCAUAUCUUAUUGCUGAUGGAGGAAAUGUGGUACUUCAUGAGAUAGAUGGGAAUGUCGUAAGGCUAAAACUACAAGGUGCAUGUGGGUCUUGUCCAAGUUCAGUGAUGACUAUGAAGAUGGGAAUUGAACGCCGGUUAAUGGAAAUGAUUCCAGAAAUUGUUGCAGUUGAACCGAUAACUGAUCAGGAGACAGGGCUCCAGCUAAAUGAAGAAAACAUUGAGAAGGUACUUGAUGAGAUAAGGCCAUACCUUGCUGGAACUGGUGGUGGUGAGCUUGAGUUUGUUGAAAUUGAGGAGCCCAUCGUUAAGAUUCGACUAACUGGCCAAGCUGCCGGCGUCAUGACUGUUCGUGUGGCAGUAUCUCAGAAGCUACGCGAAAAGAUACCUGCCAUUGCUGCUGUUCAGCUUCUAUCAUAGGUAAACAGGAAGGAGACUCUAAUCUGUACAAAUAGUUAGAUGUAAUAAAAUCUUUGUUUGGCAAAUUAAUAAUUCUGUUGCUGAAGAAAAUCAAGUGUAAUCAUGUCUGAACUGUCUGCAACUGCGGUUAAUCAGUUUGAGCCAAAAAUGUUGCUGUUAUGCCCAA